AUGCACUGCUGUGGAUACAGUGGAGCAGAUGUCGUUAUUCUUAUCACCCUCUUUAUGGUGACCAUGUACUCUGCGUAUAGUUACUACACCUAUUUAUUUCCCCACACACUCAAAGCAUUAGAGUUGGCUUUCUUACAACCCUUUGGCUUAGAGGUGGUACGACCAACUUCUUCCUUCCCUCUACAUCUCAGUCAUUUGUUUAAUGUCUCACCUAAGAAUUGGAUUUUAUUUGGCAUUUCCGUAUUCCUGUUAAUACUCGCUACUUGGGCGUAUGUGAUGGCAGUAGUGACAGAUCCUGGUCGUGUGCCACAGGCAUUCCGGCAACGAUCUCCAAAGAGUCUUUUAUUAGCACGAGAGAUUGCGGGAGCCCCACAUCUUUGUCCAUUAUGUAUUGUAUACAAACCACAAAGGGCACAUCACUGUAGUCAUUGUGGACGAUGUGUGUUGAAAUAUGAUCAUCAUUGUCCCUGGCUUGGACAAUGUGUAGGGUUUUUUAACUACAAGUUAUAUCUUCUUGUGGUAUUGUAUACGUUUGUUUUUACACUCUGGGUAAGUACACUACUACUAAUCGCUAUUUUUGUACAUCUUGUGCAACACUAUGAACUCAUUGGAGGUAUUAUGAUCCAUCGUAAUCCACAAGAUGCAGUUUGGCGUAAUGGGAAGUGUCAGUUGGGACCAUUCCUCUUAGCGGGUGAUACCCAUUCCACUACUACUACUACUACUACUACUACAAUGAAUCAACAAGAUAAGGGAAAUACUGUAAAUACACCUAAAUUACUAUUAGGUGGUAUGGAUGGUUGUCCACCUUUUUUGGGAGUUUAUGUUUGUCUCGGAGAAUCACUUAUUUUUCUUCUCUUGACAGCAUCGUUGUUGAUAAAACACUGGAAACUUGCUCGACAUAACUUGACAACCCUUGAUCUCGUUAUUCAACAACAUCAAUUAGAACAAGGUGUUUGUACGGUUCCACCACCAAAUCCAUUUGACCUUGGCGUGAAGGAAAACUUACAUCAGGUCUUUGGUGAUGGUGAUGAACACGGGGAACACAUGUAUCCAAACUUUAUUCUUAGAUGGGUUUUUCGCCUAUUACCUUUUUCAGCGUACCCCAAACAGAAAGAGUUGCGUCUAGACUUGUUGUUGAAUGAUAAUAAUUCUGGGAGCCCAUCCAAUAUGAAGGGAUUAUCUGCAGUUUCAGUAGCGAACUAUGGAACGUUAAAACGUUCGGAUUCGGACGUCAAUCCAAGUUCUGAAACAUCCUCUUUAAGUGAUCUUCGUCAUCAUUCAUUGCAGUUAACAAGAAACUACAGAGGACAACUUUUGGGUUUAGCUUUCCCAACUAUAUCCUCUCCUAUGGAAUCUACAAUUGUAUAA